AUGGCGAGACGAUUAGAAUACAGUAUAACCGGUCUAGGUGCCAACCAAAGACAUGUAGCUUCUGCGGAGGAGAUUGUCAUAGAAGAUGUCCCUCACGCCUUCUCCGAAGCCGAGAAAUUCCAGCUCACUGACGCCGUCCUCGCAAACCUGACGAACUUGCAGUUGACCAACAUCUCGCUCUUUAACUUUGCAGAUGAUAAUGCUCCCCUAAAAGACUCCAACUUCACUGGUUGCAAGACAUUCCCUGAAGACUUGUCCUGGCCUUCAAAAAGCGUAUGGGGAGUUUUGGAUCUAUUGACUGGGAGUUCUUUGAUCGAAACAGUUCCUAUCGGUGCCGUUUGUUAUAAGAAUAACAAGCAUUACAACGCGAAGAAAUGUAGUACCGUCUUGAGUGAGUGGACGACAUCUGAGCUCCAUGCCCAAGAUCCAACCUCAGUGAUGUCUCCCUUGUAUCAAGGCAAGACAUGCAUGCCUGAAAAUGGAAACACUAGUACUUGUGAACUUGGAGGCUUUCCAUCAUAUGUCGUCAAUGCCACCAGAGUUUCGCAAAUUCAGCUCGCAGUCAACUUUGCUCGUAACCUCAACAUACGACUUGUUGUUCACAACACCGGUCAUGAUUUCCUCGGCAAGUCGACCGGUGCUGGUGCGCUCUCCAUAUGGACGCACCAUCUUAAGAGUGUUGAUUUAAUCACGGACUACAAGUCAUUCUCUUAUUCUGGUCCUGCCCUCAAACUUGGUUCUGGUAUCCAAGUUGCUGAUCUUUACGCCGCGGCAGACAAGUUUGGCUACACAGCCGUUGGCGGAGAGUGUAAAGGGGUCGGGGUGACCGGCGGCUACCUUGCUGGCGGCGGCCACUCUCCAUUGAGUUCUAUGUAUGGUAUGGGAUCUGACCAGGUCCUGAGUAUCGAUGUCGUCCUUCCUAGCGGCCGUUUCAUUACAGCCGACGAGCGCAACAACGAAGAUCUCUUCUGGGCACUCCGCGGAGGUGGUGGUGGAACCUUCGGUGUCGUCACUAGUAUGACCGUGAAGGUAUAUCCUAAGAUGAACUUCUCGGGCAUGACAUUCAGUGUCUUGAGUGGGCCAGACACGAAUAUCAGUGUCGAGGUGUUCUGGCAAGCUGUUGCUGUCUACUGGCGAAAAUUACCUUCCUACGUCGAGGAAGGUAGUUAUGGAUAUUCGACCAUUUUCCCCCGCGGCCCAGCUGCAGCCGGCAAUACAUGGGACAUGAGACCAUGGUUAGUACCUGGCAUGAAGCUCAUCGACUUCAAAGUCAUGGUUGCUUCGCUCUUGAGUGAGUGGGAAGCAUUGGGAUUUGUCGUCGAGCCGCAGUACUUUGAACACGACAACUUUCACCAGACCUGGACUUCCCACUUCCCAGUCGAAGCGGUCGGCAACCUCAAUCUGCGCACUGCAUCUCGCUUGUUCCCAAAGAAGAACUGGCAAGAUCCAGCUCUCCUAAACAAGACUAUCGCAACCAUUCGCGCAGUCGCACAAGAAGGCUCCGCGCUCAUCCUCUACAAUAUCAAUGGAGCGAAACCCGCUGGCGUUCUUGAUAGUGCCGUCAACCCAGCGUGGCGCGAGGCAGUUCUCUACGUUAUCAUCGGCAGUAUGUGGGCUGAAGGGUCAACCAAAGCCGAGAUCGAGGCCGUUAACAAGAAAGUCACUCACGACUGGAUGGAACGAUUUCGUGAGAUUACACCAGGUGCUGGCGGGUACGGUAACGAGGGCGAUGUUAUGGAGCCCGAUUUUGCCCAGGCGUUCUAUGGAUCGAACUAUGCUAGGUUGUUGAGUAUCAAGGAGAGGAUCGAUCCUUGGGGCGUAUUUUGGGCACCCACUGCUGUUGGUAGUGAGAGUUGGUACGUUACUGGCCAGGAGAAGUGGCUGACUUUGCAAAAUGGCAAACUUUGUAGGAAGUAA